GUAGACAAAACUGACCAUUUAUAAAAUACCCUUGUCUUAAAAUUUUUAUCAGCGGAAUUAAGUAAAGAAACUACUAUACUGAGUGAUCCAUAGAUCAGCUAGAUAACAAUUUAGAAAUUACAUUUGGCAAAAUCUAUAAUAGUUAUUUUAAGUUCAAGUACUACUUUGGGAAUUUAAAUAAAGGAAAUGACUGCAGCAAGACCAGUUGUCAGUAUUUAUUCAAUAAAAGACUCUUCAAGAGCUACUUCAAGUAUGCCAUUACCUACAGUAUUCAUUUCACCCUUACGUCCUGAUUUGGUUCGCUAUGUAUUUACAAAUAUGUCAAAGAAUAAAAGACAGGCCUAUGGUGUUUCUACUAAUGCAGGUCAUCAACAUUCUGCUGAAUCAUGGGGUACUGGUAGAGCCGUUGCACGUAUCCCUCGUGUAUCUGCAUCAGGCACUAGUCGUUCAGGUCAGGGUGCUUUUGGUAAUAUGUGUCGUGGUGGUCAUAUGUUCAACCCAAAUAAGACAUAUCGCAGAUUCCACAGAAAGACAAAUACUAAUGAGAAACGUCAUGCAGUGGCAUCAGCAUUGGCUGCAACUGGCUGUCCAGCUUUAGUUAUGGCUAGAGGUCACAGAAUUAAUGAACUACCUGAACUUCCAUUGGUUGUGUCAGAUGAUGUUGAAUCUGUAACCAAAACUAGCUCAGCUGUCGAAUUUUUCAACAGAUUUGGUUUUGAGGAAGAAAUGAAACGUGUGGAUUCAUCAAUUGCUAUUAGAUGUGGUAAGGGUAAGAUGCGUAAUAGGAGAAGAGUAUGUGCUAGAGGUCCUUUGGUUAUAUAUGCAGUAGAUAAAGGCAUUACUAGAGCCAUGAGGAAUAUUCCUGGUGUUGAGACCUGUAAUGUGGAGUCUCUGAACUUAUUGAAAUUAGCUCCAGGUGGUACAUUUGGAAGAUUAACAAUAUUUACCGUUAGUGCAAUGAAGAAACUCCAAGAAAUAUAUGGUAGCUAUGCAUCAGGCUCAUCAUCGAAAGUUGGAUAUACCCUCCCACGUUGCCCAAUGUCAAACCCAGAUAUUAGUCGUAUCCUGAACUCUUCAGAAGUCCAGUCAGUACUUAGACCUGCUAAGAUGCUAUGCAGCUCUAUGAAUAGAUCUAAGACCAAGAAAAAUCCACUGAAGAAUCUUUCUAUAAGGGCUAGAUUAAACCCAGCAUACCCUGGCCUUAGGAAGAAUGCUAUAUUAGCUCAAAUUCCUGGGACAAGAAGAAAUAUCACCUUAAAACUUCAAAAACAGCGAAAUCGUGCUCUAAAAAAGACCAUAAAGAAAUCUCAGCUAGCCCUUGCUGCAAAGACACUAUCUGGUCCCAAUCAAAACUAACUUGGUGAAAUUUUACUAGAAUAUUUUAGAGUUCUGGAGUGAUGUUAAUUUUUGUUUCUCCUUAGUUAUAUAAAACUACACUUUUAAACCUGUUGAUAAAUCUAUAUUAGGAUUAUGAAUGAUUACCAACUUCCCAAGUUUCUCUGUCAUCUUUGAUAGCUCCUCAAUUAAUAAUUGUCUGAAGUAAUGAAAUAGAAGUCAAUUAGAUAUUGAGGGAAUUUCUUGUAAUCUAUUGGAAUUAAAAUUAAGUUUUGUACUGAGCUGUGAGGAGUAUCAGUAUCUUAACUUAUUAUUUACAUGAAAUGUAAUCAAAGAUAAUAAGAUGUCGUUUUGUAUUAUAAAUUCAAAUUUGUAAUUUACUAAAAAU